ACCAUAUGCGCGAACCACGCAGUUGACAUCAUCGUGGGCGCCAAGCGCUGAGCACUGAGCGCACCACGGUUCACCGUUUACCCGCCACAGUGGUGACUGCACCUCGCCAGCGAGCAUGGUAUUUCCAAGGAUUAUUUGGGAAAUGGUUCGACGCAUUAAUGAGCCGUAAAAUUUGUCCUCUGUGUCCGACGUUGGAGACGAUGCUACGGGAAACGGUCAUUGUUGUAUAAAAGCGGCCGGAAAAUCUAACAUAAGCUACAGUGGGAAAUUGGGUUCGCUCCCUGGCGUUGAAGUUCUUUGAGCAAUGUUGACGAAGGUCGUUUUCGGUUGGAGUGUGGUUGUGGUCGCGGUGCUGAACAGCGCGCAGCCGGCGAGAGCGUUUGGAUUUGGACUCCUCGGAGAUCUGUUUAAUGAGUUGUUCGACAGCGAUGAAUCCAGCGACCAAUCCAGUGAUGAGUCUAGUGGAGAAAUGGUGAUCAGUGCGAAACCAAACACGACCGUAAUGGUGAUCUGUAAGAUGGGCUGUACUCUGGACGUGAUGUGUAUCAACUGCAUGAAGAUAAACACGAACAUGAUGAUGAUGCCGACGAAUGGCGGAAAUGGCAAUGAAGGGAGUAAUGGGAACGCUGAGAAUGGAAAUGGAGGGAAUGGAAACAAAGGGAACGGAAACGGGAACAGAAUAAAGGGAAAUGGGAAAAAAGAAAAUGGGAAUAAAGGAAAUGGGAACGAGGGAAAUAGUAAUGGAGGAAAGGAGGAUGGAGGAAACAGCAAUAAAAAUGGAAAUAAGAAGGAAGGUGACGGAUUGGAUAAACCGGAAAUGGGAGGUGAUGAAGCUGAAAAGGUCCCAAAAGUAGAGGUUACUACAAAAGGUGGAGAAGAUGAGGGACAAGAUGAUACUAUCAUUGCGCCGAUGGAAAACAAACAACCGAGCGGAACCAGAAUAUUCGAAAUUCCGCGUAGACCAGGAGUGCUUUAUCGCGGUUAACUCAACCGACUCAUCGUAUAAGAAGUAUUGUUAUAAAUCCGAAUUCCAGGGCUACCACCGUGCAUGGCUAUUUUUUACGUUGUUUUUAGAAUUUUCCAUAUGACUGGCAUGGCAGUGGAUAAAUUUUACCUAUUUAUGCAUAUGAUAAUCGUAGAUUUGUGUGAGACAUUUUUGGAUAACAUGACUUUGUAUCGCCUAAUCAGGUAUUUUUUUUGUUUGUUUUAACAGCGAUUAAAAGGCAGAUUUUUUGUACUAGCUAGAGACUACUUUUACGUAUCAAUUGAACUUAACAGAUAUUCAAUUC